AUGCCCCCUCCCCAAUGUGCGACUUGUGGGAGACGCCACAUAGGGCGAUGUCGGCGUGGCGUGUGUUAUACUUGUGGUGAUCCGACGCAUUAUGCUAGAGAUUGUCCACAAGGAGUGGGCCAUACUGUUCUUGGAAACUCGGUAGCAGCGUCGUCACCUUCGGUAAGAGCCCCCGAGACAGGACCUCAGGCUUCCUCCGGUCGAGGUAGGGGCGGAGGUAGAGCACCUAAUUCCAGUACGGGGCCACAUCGUAUUUAUGCGCUAGGGGGAAGACUGGAUCCAGAGGCUCGACAGGAUACACCACCAGGAAUGAAUGAGAAAGGGAUGAUGAACCAGGUUCGUGAACAUGUUCCAUCUCAGACAGUGCAGAGAUUUAGAGGCAGACGAAUCAGGUGGAUGAAACAG